ACUAUGAUAUGUAUUUUAUUUGUCAUUUUUCUGUAUAUCAAACUGAGUUAAUGUUUGUCUGAACCAAGUGGCACUUUUCACAAUUUUAUCACGCUCAAGGCUUGUGGCAAGUUUUGAACCCAAGCCUAAGCCCCAAUUUUAUCACACUUGAUGUUUUACAAAUGCCCAUGUCUUAGCUGAGUUUUGGGUUUUGUUUUGUGAGGUUGCAUUCUCUUGACUAGUAUUGCUAAUAUCUGCAGACAGAAACAUGUUUUCAUGAUGAGCAUUAGCAUCAAAUCUAUUGUGGGACUCAUUUUCCCUGUGGUUGUUGAAAUAAUGGUGAUCAUAUCACUUUUUUUCAUUCACUGACUGCAAGGCAAAUGAGUCCCACAAUAAAGUUGAUGCCGAUGCUGAUCAUAGAAACAAGUUUGUGUCUGCAGAUAUUAGUGACACCAGUCAGGUGGAUACAACAGCGCUGUCAGAAAACAACAGCCAUUCUUCCUUCAAGGGACAUAAAUGGAACAAGAGAUUCAGAUCAUCCAGCUUCUAAUUACAUUGAAUCAAUCGGAGCCAGUGCAAGUGAUGCUGCACAACCUCACAUCCAUUCUAGUUUCUGUGAAAAGGAGACCCAAGACAUGGCAAUUGAUGGGCGAGGUGCUGCUUCUGUUAGUGGGGAUUCUUGUAUUGACAAGGACAGGUCAGAAACAGAGGGAACAAAGACUUCUCCUGAUGUGCAACCUACAGAAGGUUCGUGUGAGAGAAUCACUGCAUCAGGCAUUGGUCUGAGAGAGAAUAUAUAUUGGAGACUGAAUUACAAAGUGGAGAAGGGAAACGUACUUUUUGCAUCACUAAUUCAGAAGUUGAGCCUGGUAAUCUGCCCCAGGAUCUAGUUCUGUGUGAAACCCAUCUUGAUCAAGGCUCAGCUCCUGCCUCCA